CUGAAAUAGUUUCUUUGCUCUGCUUGUAUAGUCUGACAAGCGGGUUUGUUAUGUAGCACUGGUGCUACAAUGAGAGUACCUGUUUUGGCUCCUAAACCUAGCUUUUGUAUGAUAUUAUUUUGAUUUGCAGACAUUGUCUUAAUGUUCUCUGCGCGCGUUUACUAAUUUCAGAUCCUUUUUUUUCCCGAGCUAAAUUACCAUCUACGCUAGCUUGAAAUGGGCGAGUUAGCAGUAGGUCCGUCAAUUGAAGUUGUCGGGAGAUUGACUUGAAGCAUUAUUUUACACUUUUGUCGUUGAGCAUGGCCGACAAAGGAGACAAACGCAAACCCAGGUGGAGUUUGUCCUCCAAGAACAAGAAGAAAGCAAGCGCUCUCGCUGUCAACACAACUCCCAUCACGUCGUUCUUCAGCAACCCGCAGCCUCCCGAACUGUGCUGCCCUCUUUGUGGUCAGAUGGUUCUCAGAUUUGGCAUCAACGAGCACAUUGAUUUUCAGUGCAAGAACUUUGAGAGAGCAGACAGUGAUGCCUCGUCAGCAAGUAAGACUGCCGUGUCACCCAGCAGGAAUUCCCCCAGGUCCUCCCAGCUAGAUCCAGAGCAGGAGGACGAAACCAAGACAAGUCCUUAUUUCAAGAGGAGAACCUCUCCGAAUGUGUCUCGGGAAAUAAGCAGCAAGAUUGUAGUCAGAACGCUCAACCUAGGAAGUCUCUCCACUAAGUUAUCUAGAACAUGCCAAAAGACAAAUGAUAGCACUCACUCAAAUGUUAAAGAUGCAUGUUCUGAGUUUAAAGAUUCUUUGGAUGAUGUUAGCAACUCACAGAAAGAAAAUAUUGGCAGCCAGGCUUCAGGAAGCAACGGACACUCAAUAAGAGCAAUCGAGUUGACAACAACCGAUGUCGGGACGAGUAUAACAGCGGCAAGUUUGGAAAAAGACCCCAAAUCAGAGAUGUGGCCAAAAGCGUUCCUCUCCUCUUCCUCCAAACACGUUAAGCGAAAGAAGGAGACGCCUGACACUGGUAAGGUGUCUAGUUUACUAAAGAAACCAAAACACGAGGGAACCAGCUCGACGGAAACAUUUUCCGGUCAAAAGGCAGAAGAUGGUGGAAGACCUAAGACCGAAGUGCCCUCUCCCGCUGAUUGUGAGCCCCUUUCAAGCUCGGACAAGUCCUCCAUUACUAGCAGUGAUUUACAGGCGGUGCGUGUGGCUGCGAAAAGCAUCAGGGAGCAGACAGGCGACACAUCACCCCCACAAAGACUUCCCUAUUACUUACGCAAUUUCCAGACUGUCCUACAGGCCGUGCUGGAGAACGAGGAUGACAGAGCCCUGUUCAACCAGGAUGACAUGAUGCUGGUGCAAACCUUUGAGAAGCUAUCAGUCAUGGGACAGAAGUUGUAUGUGAGACUGUUUCAGCGGAAACUGAAGUGGCUUCAAGCCGAUAAACUGGAUUAUGAAGAAAUAUGCAGUGAUUUGGGGCCUGUUACUCAGGAGCUGGUGCAAGGUGGUCUUCUGGAGACGGAGAAUGACCUAUGCGAUGUAGAAGAAGUUCUAGAGCUCUUGCCGGCUCCUGAGCUCAAAGCACUGGCAAAGACUUUUCAUCUGGGAAAAGUCUGCGGAACUCAAAAACAGCAGCUAGUAGAUGGGCUUCUCCGGCUGAGCAAGCAGAAGUCACUCUUCUCGCUGAGCCAGCCUCAAAACAACAUCAGGGCUGUCAUCUUGAAAAGAGCAAAGCAGCUUGCAGGUUCCUGUGUGCGUCUGCACCGCGGUCCUCGGGCUGUCUUCUCUCGCAUCCUUCUGCUCUUCUCCCUGACUGACACUAUGGAUGAGGAGGAGAUAGCAGCAGGUGGACAAAGCCAGCUUUAUACCAUCCUGCUAGUCAACUCAGGGCGUCUGGCCUUCCCAAAUUAUGUUGUGCAGCGCACGGCAAAGGUGUUCAGGGACAGAGACGACCUCAUCAGAUAUGAAGCAUCCAUGCGAGCCUUGCAGGAGGUGAUCUUGGCUAUGCAGGCAGGUCACUGGGAAGAGGCUAUGGACCUUUAUACUACAGCCAAGAAUGAGUGGCAGGACCUGAAGACGAGUUAUGAUCUCAGUCACCAAAAGGAGCUCCCAGUAUUCCUGCGCAGCUUCACCACAGGAUGGGCUUACACUCGUAUAUUAUCAAGAGGCGUGGAGAUCUUACAGAGGCUGCAUCGAUAUGAGGAGGCUGUCGAUGAGUUGCGGUCCUUGCUGCUGCAGGAUGUUUACUGCCCUGACAGUAGAGGGCGCUGGUGGGACAGACUGGCACUGAACCUUCAACAGCACCUCAAAAAACCUGAACACGCCAUCUGUGCUAUCAGAGAUGGGUUGUCUGACCCGCUAGUGCGAACGGGACAUAAGCUAUCCCUCUACCAGAGAGCCUUUAGGAUGAGAGAGUCUGCCAGCUUCAAGAAAUACCGUCUGCAGCUCAGAGAUCUGCCCACUGUCGAUGUCCAGGAUGUCAGACAUGUGACCAUCCGAGGACAGCUUUUUCCCCAUGAAGGGGGGAUGGGGAAAUCACGUUUUUUAGUACCGUCAAAUGGGGAAGAUUGUACUGACGGAACUGUAAUAUGCUCUGUGGAAGACCUGUCUUUAUUUCAUUACCGCCAGCAAGGCUUUGACCAAGGAAUCCAUGGAGAGGGCUCAACAUUUUCAACACUAUUUGCCCUUCUGUUGUGGGACAUAAUUUUUAUGGACGGUAUACCAGAUGUUUUCCGAAAUCUGUACCAGGCAUGUCCACUGGACUUUUACACUGACUGUUUCUAUGAGAACCGAAGAGAGGCAGUGGAUUCCCGUGUACAGUUACUUAGUGAAGCUUCUGUAGAAACCUUGCACGCUAUGUUGGAGGAUGUCUGGACUUCCCAAGAGGGUAAAGUUUGUUCAUGUGCCAACUGGGAGCGAUUCUCUUCGCUUAGGCAAGCCCAGUCUAUUGUGUCAUGCAUGGGUGGAGCCUUCUUAGCAGGAGUAAUAGCACGGAUGGCGAAAGACUUCAGGCACUGUCGUGGAGGUUUGCCUGACCUCGUUGUGUGGAACACAUUCAAUUAUACCUACAAGCUGGUGGAGGUGAAGGGGCCGAAUGACCGUCUGUCCCAGAAGCAACAGAUCUGGUUGGAUGAGCUGCAAAAACUGGGUGCUGAUGUGGAGGUGUGUCAUGUGGUGGCCACUGGAGCCAAAGGAUCUUGUGUGGAAUAAAAAAGGGGGGGGGGGGGGGGGGUAAAGGAGACCAAAGUGAUAAAAAUGGCUUUUUCAAUUCUGUUGAUCUAGACUGUGCUGUUUAUCUCAGCUGCAGGGAAUGAAUUGCAGAGUGAAAGUGGAGUAUAAUACGCUACAUCGUGCCAUUGUUUAUCGAGGAAACUAUCACAAAAAAGCUUUCGGCUCAAAAUAAUCACAUCUCACACAAAGCUGAUAGUGUUUUUCUUUUCUCUGACAUUGUGGCCUAGAUAUUUUAUCUUAAAACAAAUGACACCAAUGACUUGACGAUGACUUUAUUAUAUACAUUUUAGCACGUCAUACUUCUCUCAAUAAAAAAAUAUAUUAAUACAACGAAGUCUGUCAGAGAAGUUCCAGGACUGCCACAAAAGAUCUAUUUCCAAUCCAAACUGCACGUUUUCCUCUUCGAAGUCAUCCCCCUGGAGUGAUACGUGCUUUCUCUGCCACGCCUUCAUGCCCUCUUGGAAGAAUUAUUCAGGAUCCUCCGCAGUUCUGUCGUCAGGGCAAUGUUGUCAUGCAGAGCUUUUGAAAGAGGAAAACAUCACACAGAGCCAGGUUGUGUGAGUACGGCGAUUGCUCCAGCACAGCCACGUUUUUUUCUCAGCAAGGAACUGUCGUGUGGAACUGUUGCGAACAGGAACAUUGUCCUGCCAUAAUUGUCCUCUUCUCACUUACUGAUGGAAGCAAACGCUGCAGGAUUUAUGUAGAUGUGCUGGUUGAUUGUCUGGCCCAUGUCUGUUAUACUGCCCCCAGGUGGCCAAAGUGCACACACCAGAAUGACUAGCAUAAUGUACAUUGAAUUGAAUGAUAACGAGUGACAAAAACGGUUUAAAUCUAUGCAUGUAAUUCCAGUGUGUUUUAAUAAAGUAUGAUAUCAUAAAGUG